AUGGCUAAGUCAGGUAGGAGACCCUUCACGUCGGAGCUGCCAGAGUCUCCCGCCGGUCCUGUGCUGCUGGAGUCUCCCGCCGGUCCGGGUCUCCAGUCCGAGGUCGGCGGCGAGGAUCGUCUCUCUAAAGACUCCACGGAGCUGGGUAAGGAAGCGGGCAAAGACUAUGGUGGAGUGGGAAGUAGCAACAGUAGCAGUAGUAGAGGCAGGAGAAGCAGUAGCAGAAGUAGCAGCAAUAGCAGCAGUAGUAACAGUAGCACUAUCAGCAGUAGCAGAAGUAGGAUAAGUAGUAGAAUCAGUAGCAGCAGUAGAAGAAGUAAAAGCAGUAGCAGCAGUAGCAGAGAUAGUAGCAGCAAUAGUAGCAGCAGUAGCAAUAGCAGCAGCAGUAGCAUCAGUAGAAGAAAUAGCAGCAGUUCAAUAAGUAGUAGCAGUAGCAGCAGCAGAAGCAUCAGUAGAAGAAGUAGAAGCAGUAUAAUAAGUAUUAGCAGUAGAAGAAGUAGUAGCAGUAUAAUUAGCAGUAGCAGCAGUAGAAGAAGUAGCAGCAGUAGAAUAAGUAGUAGCAGUAGCAUCAGUAGAAUAAGUAGUAGCAGUAACAGCAGCAGUAGCAGCAGUAGAAGAAGUAGCAGCAGUAAAAUAAGUAGUACCAGUAGCAUCAGUAGAAUAAGUAGUAGCAGUAACAGCAGCAGUAGCAGCAGUAGCAGAAGCAGUAGCAGUAGUAGCAGUAGUAGCGGUAGUAGCAGCAGUAGCAGCAGAAGCAGUAGCAGAAGCAGUAGCAGAAGUAGCAGCAGCAGUAGCAACAAUAGCAGCAGUAGUAGAAGUAGCAGCAACAGUAGCAGUAGCAGCAGCAGUAGCAGAAACAGUAGCAGCAGCAGUAGAAUAAACAGUAGCAGCAGCAGUAGCAGCAGC